AUGGAUGAUGGCAAGAAAGUGCUUGCCCGGAUACCCAAUCCAAAUGCCGGCCCGACAUUCUAUACAACUGCAUCCGAAGUCGCUAACCAUGGAGCUUGUUUCCUUCAAAUUCCCGUGCCUCGGGUCCUUCAUUGGAAUGCCACGUCCAAGAACGCCGUUGGCUCGGAAUACAUAAUUAUGGAAGAAGCAUCUGGUACGCAGCUUGGACUCUCCAUCAUGAGGGAGAUAGUGACCAUCGAGUCAAAGAUGCUUGUGGUGUCGUUUUUUUCCUUUGGUAGUAUAUACUUCGCGAGCGAUGCAGUAGAAAGAACAAUUCCGGCGCUGCUCACCAACAGCGCUUCUUGCGAACUGAUAGAGAGAGUUUGCACGAGAUUCAGCAUUGGUCCUACCGUCGACCGAAGCUUUUGGAGGGAACGCUCAUCGAUGCAGAUUCCGCGGGGUCUUGGGCGAACGCCCCAAACAUCCGCGCUAAGUGUUGGUCGGCGUGAACGGGAGUGGAUCAAACGGUUUGCCAUCUCGAAACCAUCAAGCGCAGCUACUCUCAUUUCCUCAGCCCAGGAAAGACCGCAAGCACAUCUGCAGCUGUUGGAGAAGUAUCUCCAAGUGGCUCCUGCUCCGAUGAACAUUGACCCCGUUCUCACUCGCCCUACGUUGUGGCACGGAGACCUUCAUUCAUCGAAUCUGUUUGUUGAUGAUGGCCGUAUCACGACUGUCAUCGAUUGGCAAGGCUCCAUUCUUCUUCAGCGUUCCGGCAAUUUCGACGAUCUGGACCCAGAGCAGCAAGCGGAGAUCAAGCACAAAAUCUCCAACUCGACGCUAUACCAGCCCUAUCUGCUGAAGACCAAAGAGCGGAACCCUCUUCUUGCCCAAGCGUUCCAUCUAGACCAUGGGAAGACAAGGCGUCUACCGGUCGAAUUGGCCGGCAACACAUGGGAUGAUGACAUAGUCUCGAUUCGUGAGACAGUCAUCAACGCUGAAAGACAUUGGCAGGAACUUGGCAUCCAAGGCGAAUGUCCCUAUCACUUCACGCAAGGUAAAUUACAUAGCCACUCCGUCGAUGCCGAGGGCUGGAAUGAGGUCCAGAAGUUCUUUGACAGUAUAGAAGGUCUUGUGAAACGAGAUGGCUGGACAUCCCCUGAUACGUUCGACGCUGCCUUCGACUUCGCCUCAGAACUGCGAGAACGGGGCCUGAGGCAUAUGAAGGGGCAACAAAAGAGAGCGGUUGACUGA